CUCACCUGCCAGGAAGCCUACUAGCCUCUAGUCUGUAUUGCUUCCAGGAUUUUACUGCUGUGGUAUGGUAGAUUGGCCUCUGGCAACAUCCCAGGAAACUUUCAAUUAGGUAAUGGAUUCAGAAGAUACUGAUUCUACCCAUCCAAAGAGAGGAUCACUGCCUCUCCACCAAAGCUCCCAGCCUUCAGAUAUGGCACCCAGACCAUUACUGCCUCUGCAGAGUAUUGAAGGGAAAGGCCCCUUCCCGCCAUCCCGGAGAAGCUCCAUUAUGAGCAUCCUCAAUGCCCCAUUUUCAAGUAGGAGAAAUUCAUUUGCUGCUGGAGGAAGGCGUCUUUCUAUUGGGCCCUGGAUGCAUUCUGGUCGAGUAAGCUUUUCUGGGCUACCACUCUUUGAACCCAUUCAGGAGACACACUAUGAGAACACCUACAAGAUCCAGCCAGAUAAAGGUUACAGAUUUAAUUCCUCACGCACACAGCAGAUUCUUGAGUCAGUUCUGGACAGCUACUUUAGUGAUGUCAAAUACAAUCCUGCAAAUAGUGGGCAGUUGGUCCAAAACCUGUCAGAUCUCGUCAGGAGCAGGGUCAAAGAACUAACUCCACCACGCUACAAACUUGUGUGUAAUGUCUUUCUGGGCCAGCUGGCCAACCAAGGCUUGCACAUUGCUAGUCGGUCCCUCUGGGAUGUGGAGAAUGAUAGCGUUGCUUCAGCCACUUUCACAAAUUCAUCGCUUUUUGCUGUAGUCACAGUACAUGGACUGUAUUAUGAAUGAGUCAGGCUUCUAAAGAUUAACUUCCCUUUCUCCUAAUUUUAUCUUGCUAGAGAUUAUGGUCUGAGAGGUCCUUGGCAUUCUCUGAGCUUGCUUGUUUUCUUGCAAACAUUUGAUUACUCUAACUAGGUAGACUAGCAUUGAUGAUGUUACCUAGUUAGGGUAAUGAAAUGUUUGCAACAAAGCAAGCAAGCUCAGAGAGCACCAACCCUGAGCUACAAAUAUUCUCCUUCAUUAGAUUAUGGUCUGUCAGAUCUAGGUAUGUAUCUGGACAUAGUUUAAAGUAACAAGAGAGUGUGCAAAAUAUAUAUGCUAAAAUAAUAGAGUAGCAAUAGAUAUAACUAUGAAAUCUGCUCCAGUGGGAGCUGGUGGUCAAUCUAACUCCUUAAGAGUCCUUUUGUUAAAUUUGCAGUUAGAAUUGUUUGGUUAUGUCUUUGCUUGUACAAACAGUUAUGUAACUUCCUUUUCCAAAAAAAUAAACCCAUUGCUCUUCCUUGA